AUGCCCGACGAGCAGCCACGCGCACGGGACCAGCGCACGGCUGGGCAUGGCAAUAACUUUAUUUUAGUCCAGAGAAACGGCCGGUUCGAAGAAGAAGGCGUCAAUGGCGGCAGCGCUCGAGGCACGCGCCGCCACAGCAAAGCGCGCGGUCCGCCCCGGUGUUCCCCCGUCGCGUCGAGAGACGGCCCCGACGCCAGCCUGGAGCAGCCUUCGAAAGGGCCCGAACCACGGGGCCCGGCCCCCCGGCCGAUGCCGCUGCAGGCGGUGGCGGCGGCGGCCGCAGGCCGCGUGGGCCCCAGCCGGGGCCUGCGCGUCGCCAUGUUCGGCGUGAUGACCUUCAUGCUGAUCGCCGUCAUCUCGGUCAUCGUGGUCACGCUCUUCGCCGUGGUCUUCCUCUCGCGCAAGUCGCAGGACGUCGUCCUGCGCCGUCUGCACCCGGAUCGGUCGCCGCGCUCCAUGCUGCCCUUCGAUUUGCCGCCCCAGCACCAGAUUCGAGUCGACGAGCGCAUGGUCAGCCGCCGGCGGCCCAUUUUCGGCAGGCAGCGGCAGAAGAACAGCGGCCGCCGGACGGUCGCCAAGUCGGCCCGCAGCAGGGCCAACAGCUUCAUCGCCAGGAUCCACCGACGGCUCGCCCGCAAGCCCUUCUUCAAGCGUCAGAAGCACCGGCCCCGGAAGUCCAAGGCGAGGAAGUCCAAGGCUCACCGCCCUUCCGACGACUAGGCCAAACACCCUGCGUUCCCUUCAUCCCCUCGAGAAACGGCCAGACCUGGGACUUUGUGGAAACCUCGCUUUGACGCCGUGCGGACCACCGUGUGGCCCCGGGUAAAAAAAAAAAAAAAGUGCGGCGGCGUUUCCAGCAGAAAGACUGACUGACUUCCGCCAACAGCACGUGCGGGAGGGCGCACACGCCUCCACUCGACGUCUGGUGGUUGCUCGACCACCAACGCUGAGGGCAGCAAUAAAUAACUUUUUUGCCGUUGAAA